AGAGAGAGAGGGGGUGAGUGAGAGUGAGUGAGUGAGUGAGAGAGAGUGAGUGAGUUAGUAGGAGGGGGGCGAGAGAGGGUAAAUGGCGGCCACUCGCCAACAUAUUUGACCUACUUUUCGCGGAGAGCGAGGGAAAGCACAGCGCCGCUAGUCUGCGCACCAACAGCACUAACUCAUUCACAGCGAAAGCGCAGACUCUCGGACAAGAUUAAUGGCUAUGACUUCGUCUCAGUUGGGUCACUGUGAGCUGGAAGGUGGGGAGGAGGAUGUGAAGCUGCGGGCGGCGGCCGUCCGGCGGAACCUCUUUGGCCCAGUUGAUCACCAGCAGCUCCACCAGGACUUCCAGAGGCUGCUGUGCAUGAGCAUGGAGGUGGCCAAACAGCGCUGGAACUUCGACUUCCAGAGCGAGCUGCCGGCGGCCGGAGCGGUGGAGUGGGAGGAGCUGCGCUGGCAGGAUGUCCCGGCAUUUUACCGCAGCUGCGUGGUGCGUGCAGGAACGAUCAGACGCAGACUGGAGGCGCCAGUGAACCCCAGUGGAUCUCUGGGCUGCUCUUCAGUGGCUGUGAGCGGAGAGGAAUACCUGGAGCUGAGGGCCAGAGCAGCAUUCAGAGGAGUCAAGCUGGAGAAGAGAAUGUCAGCACCUCUGGGGGUCAAACACAGACAGGCCACCAUCACAGACUUCUUCACUGUGAAGAAGAGGAGGUUUCUUCAUCACAAAGGAGCUUCGAGGCAGUAAGCAGAGAGUCUGAGACUGCAGAAAAAGCGCAAAUCAUCACUGUGUACAUAAAUGUAUAUACAAUGUCUGCGAUUGUAGCUUUUCAGAUAUUCAGACAGAUUAUCAGAAGCUCUGAAUGAGCUUUAAAACAUUAAAGUUUUCAACAAAACAAAUCAGUUCAAGUAAGCUUUGAAAUCCACUAACUAUAUUCCGAAAGAACCCUGUCUAAAGUAUACUGUGAAGGUACAAAAUGCACUCCAAAAAGGACACUUUUUUUUUUGCUUCAGGUCAUGUUACAAAAAUAGUUUUUCUCACCUUUGGUCCAAAUGUCAUGACCUCUUCAUCUGAUAAUUAGUAGGGUGAGUUCAGUCUGGGUUUGCACACAAAGCCUAAUGUCUCAGCUGGUUUUAGAAUCUCUCUCCUGCUUAUGAGAAAACAACAGGGGUCAAACUUUGAACCCACUUGUACCUCAGACACACAGACCCCACCAUUACCCAGGAUUUUAAAGAUUAGGCUUAUUGUUUUAAGAAAUUUUGCGACCGACCUACACAUCCCACAGAGUUUGAAAUACAUAGAGCCUUACUAUGUAUUUCUGUAUAUUACUAUGUAUAUAUACAGUCAUUUGCAAAAUUUGUGCACCCCUGAGCAUUUUCUAAGCGGAAAUAAGUUAACUCAGUUCUCCACAUUUUGCGGAAUUUGAGGGGGGUACAUUUGAUGUUAUUUUAUUUUUUCUAGUAUGAUAAACUGAACUUAGUUUGUUCUCUGCAGAGGACAUGUGAACUUAUUUUCACUUAGAAAAUCUACAAAACGUAAUUACACAAAUUACAGAAGUGUUUAAAAUUUUUUGCAAAUUCCUGUAUUCUACAUAAAAAUAUUGUUUCCUAUUAUUUUUUACAAAUUUUUCUACUUUUUUAUUCUCUUCCAUGUUACAGAACAUUAUAGAAAUUUACUGCACACGAGGUACUCCAGUAUACCCAAGCCAUGGCCUUAUUGUGUUCCCUUAACACAAAAACGCUUAACAAAUUAUUUAUUCCUUAAUUUGUCAUUCUCUUGCUCUGUCCAACUGAUGGAUGUUCUUCUAACAGAAAGCCUGAGCUCUGUGCCUCUGAAGCUUCCAUGAAAUCCAUUCAGUGUGAAGUACAAACAAGCAAAACAGCCAGACUAUGCAUAAGUUAUCCUGCUGGUUAGCUCGUCCAUUUGCCUCAAUUAAAAAAGUAACAGAGAAUUCAUGGAAGGGUUCGUUAAAGGAAUGUUGAAGGAUUUUUGUACUUAAUCUUAAUGUCUGCUGCAUCUGUAGCCUGUUGCAGUUGGAACAAAACCUUGUAUCUCCAAAAUGAUAACUUUGCAGGGGAAGGAGAACUUUUGAUUGAAGGUUAUGUAAUGGGUAUUUGAAGAGAUUUCUCCUUUCCAAACAAGAAGUUUUCACUACAUUUAAAGGGCAAAUUAAAAUGUCAAAUUACGCAAAAAAAGUAGCAAUAAUAUUGUUGAUUACCAAAGACAGUAAGGUUUUUCCUGUACUUAGUAAUGCCCAUUGCCUUCAACAUGGUUGUAAUAUAUAUGGUUCAUACAUGGAAAUUAAGCUGAUAAAACAGCCCUGAAACAGUCAGCUGACAGACUGUUACAGACUACACAGACUGUCACAGCUACAGACUGUGACGCUGCACAAAACAUCAUAUUUACUUUUAUCCACCUCUUCAGCCUAUAGCAAUCUUGCCCCGCCCAUUCAUGCCAAAGUUAUAAAGAGUGUUACAACCUGCUCUGCUUUCUGAAUGAGCCAUGACAACCAAUCAGAACAGAACUACUUUACAUACAAAUGUCUGAAAGGUACAGUAACAAAAAAACAAAAUAUAAUAUUUUGGAACAUUAAUCUUCAUAAAUAUUAUAAAUAGUGGCAAGAGAAUGACAAAUUGAAUGAGAAGUCCUCCCUCAAAGACGUUUUAUUAAUCUGACCAUUAAUAUGGCCUUCUUUUUUCACAGUGUAUUCAGACUUAAAGCUUUUUGGGCUAUAUUUUUUUUCGUCCAUCUCUUUUUGUCGCUCCAACAGAUCAAAGAUGUAAAGAGAAAGAGAUUUAUAUCUGUUUUAUGUGUUAUUAACAGCUAUAUUACUUUUAAAAAAAGUGCUUCAGUUAUACUGUAUAAGAUAAUUGUAUUUGUUCACAUCUCAAUUAUGUAGCAUUUUUUUAAUCUCAUCCAUUAUAGUAGCUUUUCUUUUUGGUUUUGAACACAACACUUUUCCAUGUGAAGGGAAUGUAGCAUUUUAAAACAAAGUGGAUGUAAAUGUGCCGAGUGAAAGAACUGUUUAUAAGAGACCUAUAAAGUCAUGCUCAGCAUGUAGAUAGCAGGGACGUAUUUUCUGCAAUACUUUUUUUCCAUUGCUGUACUGUUUGUUUGCAGUAUGUCUGUGUGUAAUGUGAGAUUGUGUGUGUAACUUUGUUUUGUUUUGUACAAAUUGUUCUUUGUUUUUUUUUUUGGGGGGUUUUUUUGAAAAGGCAGCUGAAUCAAUUGACCAAAGAAUUGCUCCACACAUUGUCAAAAAUAAGCAAAAACUGAGAGAGCCGUUUGGACUGCAAGGCAAGAAAAGGGAUGAAGCAACUAGUUAACCAGCUUUUAAACUCACACUACUCACUUUAGGCAGUGGUCACUUCCUCCCAUUGUAUAUUAAAAUACACUCAUCUGUUAGUGGCAUAUAUGGUGACAAUUAGUGCCUCCUACAGCAGUUCAGAUGUUUUUGCCGUUGGAUUUUUCAAUUAAUAGCCAUCCGGUUCAUCUACCUCACAGAAACAAUGCCAGAAUUGGCAAGGUCAGCUUUUGGAUAAUAGGAAAAAGGCUAAACACUCAUGGAUAUGGAGUUGAGCCAACGCACACACCUCUGAAGGGGCUUUUUAAAGGAAUUGUUCGCUGAAAAAUCAGUUUUUUACAGUUUCCCCUUACCACAAAUAUAGUCAAGGAGUCAAAACAUGUUUGGUGUCUCAAGUUUGCUUCCUUAGUUCUGCACUGGAGCUACAAAGCUAAUGAGAUGAAAACUGAACCUACAGUAUGAGCUAAAAAGAUUUUCUUCAAUUGUUAGCUACGUUAGGUUUGUAGCUCCGGUGCAAAACUAUACAUGUCUUGUUUGAUUGGUUAAUUUUGUAGUUAAGUGAAAACUGUAGAAAUGUGAUUCGUUGGCCAACUAUUUCUUGAAGCUUUUUUCUAGGGCCGUCUCAUGCUUCGCCCCAAUGCGUCCUUUCAUAGCAACUGUUAUCAGGUUGGACUAGAUUUACAGAAUGCUGACAAGCUGACUUUGUAAAGAAAAUCUAAAUUAAGAGAGUGUUAUCAGUUAAUUUUUUUUUUUCACACUAGUUUUUUUAUUGUAUAUAAGGUAACGUUAGCAUGGGAACAACAAGUUCACCGCUACCUACCUGCCAAGUUUCAUUUAGCUAAAAUAGAGUAGUGCUGGUUGGUAAACUGGAAACUCAAAAGAAAUAUUAAUAAAUGUGCACUAGACUUUGUCAUUUGGUUGAAUCUGGUUUUUGCUAGUGUUCUGUGAAGCUUGUCCAACAGGUGUGCUUUUGUGGGAGGAGCAUGGAAAGGUCAGUUUGGGUCUUUCUUGUCUGGCUCUCCCCACUCCCAGAAAUAAGCAGAGGAGUCAGAGAUGGAUCUAUAUUAACCCAUUAAUGCCCAAAUUUGAAAUUUGGUCCAUAUGUUACAUAUUUAUUUUCUUAACCAUGUGAUUUGAUUGAUUUGAAAUGAUGAUAGUCUAACAUUUUGGUCACAUGACUGAUUUGUAACAAAAGAACAGAAAAUACAAAGUGUGAAAAUGAUCUAAAAAUACACACACAUAUAUUUUUAUGUACAAUUCUAUCACCUGACCAGUCAGAGCAUGAUGUUGCAUUUUGCUUAUCAUACUAAAAAGAUGUUGGACAUGAAUGGGUUAAUGGGAAUCUAAUUUUGGCCAGAUAAAUAGCCUGUGUUCAGGCUGUGUUCACGCGGUUUAAUGGUUAUGAAACUUAUCCCGUCUCUGCCUGAGCUCUCGUUGUCUCCGAGAUUAAAGGAGUAAAUGACUAGUAAUACACUGCAGGUUUACACAGAUCACCUCACUUCUUAGAAAUGGUUUGCUAUUAGAUUCUUUUUGUGUGUGUGUGUGUGUGUGUGUGUGUGUGUGUGUGUGUGCCUUUGCUUGUUGGCAGUUUUGAUUGCACCUGUCUGCCAUCAUGUUCAAAACAACCUUUAAAAAAUGAUAUUUUUUUAACUUAUUGUAUCAUUUUGUUGCUCUGUUUUUUCAGGGUUCCUAAAUAUAAUUGGUCUCUGACAUGACUAACUGAUUUUGUACUAGCUUUGCACUAUUAUAAAUGCCAUUGUUGCGAUUAUAACUUUGAAUGGCUCUGGAAAACUGCAUUAAAAGAGAAUUCCACCUGUUUUUCAUAAAUUACUGUCAAGUUCAGUGGUUGAGAUGUGCACAGUCAUUCAGAGUGGUUUGAUGUGAAAUGGUUCAUUGUAGAGAAACUCUGAUUUCUAUCUGGUUAAAUCUGGUGUAACUAAAAAAUAAUGUGUGCUUAUGCCAUACUACCACGUGGGAACGAGAUCCUAAUACGUGGCCACAACUUAGUAAAACAUGGGAAUGAGAUCAUGCCUUAUUAAGCUGUGGCCAAGGGUUAAUUAUGUCAUCCUUACUAAGUUAUGGACACUUAAUUAUCUCAUUCCCAUACCUUACUAAUUCAUGGCCACACAUUUUUAUUUAUGUAGGGCUCCUUAGAUUUCUUUACAGUGGUGGUGAUCGGAACUGGAGGGCUAUAUUGGACUCUACAACCCAAAAUAGCCGUUUAUUUAUUUUCCAGAGUGAUCAAUGACCUUAAACAUGUCUUCUGAGUUUCUGAAUGUGAUGAAACGUAAUGGAUGAAUAAAACAAUUUUUAAAAUAUAACAACUGUCAGGCAGUGCAUUUAUAACCAUUUCAUGUAAUAACUUCCUCACCAGGUGUUUGGUUCCAGUCACCAUCACUGUGAACGAUUCUGAUUUGAAAAGUUUCUCUUGCAUGGAGCAUUUUACAUCAGACCACUCUGAAUGUUUUUAUUUGCAUCUUGACCUUGUAAUUAUGCCGAAUUAAAGAAAAUGAAAUCAGCAUAACAAACAGCCUGCAUUUGGCCUGCCAGGAGAAAGAGGAAAACAAGUGGCUCACAAAAUUCCAAACACAGUUUGCUUAAGAGAAAAUAAAGCAGGUCUCAAAGCAGCACAGAAACUUUUAACAAGCCUGAGCCCAUCAGUCCAACACCUUGCUUCUAAGCCUUAAUUGUCCGAGGUAUAAUCACCAUAGUAUUGUAAUGCCUUAUAUGCAUGAGUGAAAGGUAGCCAUCUAUAUUUUUCUGUAAUAAUAUAGUGUAAUUUAAUUCAGCUUUGUCUAAUGUAUGGAAACAGACAGAUUGUGUUUGGUGUUGAAAACAAAAUUGUUUUUUUUUCCUUUAAUAAAAAAGAACAUUCGAUUACGGUUUUACUAAGUGUUUUUAGCAGUUCUCUUUUGCCGCACUUGUUUAUAACAUUAUUCACAAUGUUGUCGUACAUCUGAAUAAAAUUCUAAUAAAAGAAACUGUAUGAAAAUGUC